AUGUUUACCGUCAAAGCAACAUAUCGCAACGAAACGCGAAAGUUUACUUUUUCUGAUACAUUUCCUUCGUUUGAGCAAUUGUAUCUUCAGCUGUACCGAAUCUUUCCAAUAUCUCAUUCAUUCUACCUCUCCAAAUUGUUGUUCUCCCCUAAUUCGCCUUCUCAUUCUCAACGCAUUUUAAUUGGCAUGGAGGCGCACAAUGCCGAAGAGUAUGAAUCGCAUGUUGCCCCCUAUCGAGGUCGCUCUUGGCCGGGAGCUUUGCUGAAGUUCUCAGUUUAUGACGAAACUCCUCACAAGUCCCCAGGAACAAGCUCUAGUCAGCGGACCAGCAUGAUGUCCGUCGACAGUGACCUUCCCAGCAUCAUCGCAUCUGAGGGUACGAGUCAGAGUUCUGCAACGAUAGUGGACUGGACCGCGGCGGGCAUUCGGAAGCGCAGGACCGACGACCGCAGGUUUAUCAUUGAGCGACUUCGGGAACGCACAUCAAAUAGGUCCAAUGUCAGCGUCCACGACAUCCAAGAGCCCUUGCCUCGUCGCUCUCUCUCUCGUUCCCCCUUGCGUUUGACGCCCAGUCCUCCCAUCACUCCGCAGUCUUCUUCGAGGCCAUUGCCAAGGAGGCCGUCUUAUGACGGUGAUGCGUCUUCCAGCACCACUGGGGCCAAAACCACUCGGCCGUCUUUAUUCGAAUUAUUAAAUCAAGAGCCGUCGGUGUCCCCCUCGAAUCCUACUGCGGAUGAGAGCUCUAGACCUUCUCUAUUCGACCUUUUGACUCAAGAGUCGUCUAAAUCCGGCCAUUGUGAUUCCUGGACUUUUGGGCGACCAACUCAGGUUGGCAACUCAUCGCAAGAACAAAGACACUCAAUUUUGACUGCUUUUCCUCCGCCGCCGCCUGUGGGCUCAACGAAUUGGCUGAACAGCUGGCCUCCUGUUUAUGUUCCUCCACCGUCCAUUCUGUACCCAAGUGUGCCUAGUUCUCAACCGGAGCCGCCGUCUGUAGUCGAGGAGCCUAGCUGGGCAGCGACCCUGUCUCCACGCUUCACCGAUAUCGCUGCGCAGCCUCAGGCUGUGCGCGGCGAUAUACGAGCGCAGUGUUCGACUGCGGAACAGCAAUGUCCAGAACGCGCAGCUUCGCCUAUGUCCCAGGUUUCAGCCUCCAGUAUUGAGACGCGCCAGCAAACUGCAGAUCAUUGCUGUUCCAUUUCGCAAGGGAAGGCCGAGGUUAUGACCCUUAUCGAGAGAUUCAUGGACAAUCUUGACCGCACGAUGAAAACUGCGUUUGGAGAUGAUUGGGCAUUUGAAUUUGCGCCUGCAGUUCCCAGCGUGCACUGCGCUCGAACGGACACCUCACAAUCCUGUGCGCUUGGGAAGAGGAAUGACAGCCGAUCACACCCCAGCGACCCAGUCGUCAUCCGCGUACCUAGCCCUACCCCUGAGCAUUUCCCCUCCUUCCCACAAUUUAUGCCACCGUCUCCGCAUAUGUCGCCUCCAUUUGUUGGUCCACUCUCACUACCUCAAUGCUACAUACCGCCUGUUCCUCUUACGCCUCCGCCAUUGCCACCUGCUCAAUGCUACAUGUCGCCCGUUCCUCCUACGCCUUCGCUGGUGCCGCCUACUUGGCCUGUGCCCCCCGAGACUUCACAUCUCCGACCGCUUCCUAGUAAAUGUUUGAACUGCCCGGACUUCGAUACUUGCGCUACAUGUUUCCAGAUCACACCGGAGCAGCAUCCCGGCCAUAGCUUUAUUAAGAUCAAUAACCCGGAGGCGCUCGUGAUCCGCAAUGGUGAAGGCAACACUGUCUUGCAUGAUGCCACAUGUGAUGUAUGUGGGCGCCGUAUUGUUGGCGUUCGCUAUAAGUGUAUGCACGCCUCUUGCCCCGAUUUUGAUCUCUGCCACAAUUGCGAGGCCAUGCCUUUCCCUGUUCAUCCGCCAGCGCACCCUCUCCUCAAGAUGAAGUCGCCGGAUACUAUCAUACCAAUAAUUCAAAAGCCCAUCAUGAAUCAGUGUGAACUUGCGGAGAGUUUUCUGGAUGAGUGUCGUGCAUCCUCUCCUCCCAUUCUCCCAUCGGACAUUCAGCAAGUUGAUGUCAAUCGAUCCCCCUGCUUAGCAUUUGGCACCGCUCCGGCGCUGGCCGAGAGGUUUCCUUCACUGCCAUCCGACCAAUGUCUAGAGGUUGACGGAGAACUUCCAAUUUCCCUUCUCAAGAGUGUAACAAUACCGGAUUCAGCUCUUCUCGGACCGAUGGACGCCGUCCUGAACGCUUCACCAAUCCAUGCCGACGCUGCCCCAUUGGCACCGACCGCUCCUUUGACCGCUGAGAAACCAGAGACGUCCCCCGUCGGAAUCCCGGCAUCCAUUUUUGAAGAUCGUUCAAUUGACUUGGAUCAAGGUUGCAAUGGGAAAUAUGUUCAUCCUGAGGCGGAGGUCUGGUCUGGUGGGCUGACUACUCCGUCGGAGAUUCCUGCAUCGACCGCUCCUUCUACUUCAAUUCCGCGUCUUGGUCCCGUGAAUAAUGACUGGCUCGAACUCUGGCCUGAAUUAACCUCAAUGCUGAAACACCUGUUGACUCCUCCCACGCCUAAUGCCGGAGCUUCCGUACCUAGCGUCAUACAGGGACAGACCAUGCCAGGUGGUAUGGUUGUCGAGGAGCCCAAACUGGUUGAAGAGGUUCAGCCCGAGUCUGCCGCCGAGAGUAAGGCCGCAGUCGAAGAGUCUCCGCUUGUGGGCGAACCGCUGCUCUGCCGACCUCUUGGGCCUCGUAUAAGUGAUUUGUCUCGGAAGUUAAAUGCUGUUUCCGUUCGCCGCGAAAGCAGCCCUGAACAUGCACCGUAUGCACACAUCGAUACGGCUGUCAAGCCUGAAACUGCAAGACAGCCUCCGUUUAGGUCGAUAAGCGAGCCCCAGCCUUUGUACGCCAGCUUUCUUUCAGAUAACAAUAUUCCAGAUGGUCAAAUCUUUCCUCCCGGUGCGGAAUUUGUGAAAUCAUGGCGGAUGAUGAAUCAAGGAAAGAGCGACUGGCCAGAGACUACUGAGCUGGUUUUCGUUGCUGGUGAUCGUAUGGCACCUCACAAUGACGCUCCGCGCAAAAUCAAGGUUGGAUCUGUUAAAGCUGGCAAAGAGGUUGAGAUUGCUGCAGGAGAGAUGAAGGCGCCUGACAUCCCAGGUAAAUACGUCAGUUACUGGAGACUCAGCGAUGGAGCAGGACAUCAAUUUGGUCACAGUGUUUGGGUCGACAUCACUGUCGCGGAAGUUACGCGAGCCCUGUCGGUGCUAUCCACGGAGGAUACCUCGCUCGCGUCUUCGUCGGUCAUAAUGCCGCGAUCUAUGGAAAAUAUCUCUGCGCCUGCAGAAGCUAUUCCGCGAUGCGCAACCACUGUUGACUCGGCACCCACGUUACCGUCUAGUCCUCCGUCUGAGGAUGGUUCACUCGACUCGUCUAUGUCGCUGGUUGACGUACCUUCGUCCCCAAUAUCGGAUGACGAUGAAGAUGCUUACGCAGAUAGCAGGUCGCGUUUUGUCUCCCCGAACAACCACGCGCAGGAGGUGGAAUAUGUGAUGCUCUAUGACAGCUCAUCGUCGGAAGAUGAUUGA